UCCAUUCUCUUAAAGCUAGCCUUAGGUGAUUUGGUCGAUGUCGACGAGGGAGGAGCAGCAGGGAGCGAGUAAGCCGCCGGCGACGGUGAGGAUCAUCGAGACGCUCUACGUCGAGGCCGGCACCGCCGACGACUUCAAGUCCGUCGUUCAGCGGCUCACCGGCAGGGACUCCUCCGCCGCGGCUCUACCAGAGCACGACCGGACUACUCCUCAGGGUGCUGAACGGAGGGCCGGUGCGGCGAGAGGUGGCGGCGCCUCCGACGCAAGGCGGAGCAGCUGAGAGAUCGACGCUGCGUGGAUAAAAUGAUCAUUGGCUCAACUGUUACUCUGUUAGCGAUCACUCUCUCUCUCUCUCUCUCUCUUGGUUCCAACCUGCAGUCCUACGUAGCUUAACUGUUAGCGAUCGCUCUCGUUUUCAUCUCUACUCUUUCUCUGUUGGGUUCUUUUGUUGUAACAGGGAGUUGUUAUAGACUUAUACAUGCAUUCUUCUUCUUCUUCUUC